AUGCCUCAAAUCACGGGCAAAAACGUCGGGUCUAUCGGCUACGGCCUGAUGGGCCUCACAUGGCGCGCCAACCCACCCUCCCAAACCCAGUCUUUCGCCGCCAUGCGCACCGCGCUCUCACUCGGCGCGAACUUCUGGAAUGGCGGCGAGCUCUACGGCACCCCUGAGCGCAACAGUCUCCACCUGCUCAACGAGUACUUUACCGAGCGCCCCGACGAUGCCGACAAAGUCGUCCUGUCCAUCAAGGGCGGCCUUAAGCCCGGCGAAAUGGCGCCCGACGGCAGCGAGAAGAACGUUCGCCGCAGCAUUGACGAGUGUCUACGCGUGCUCGAUGGAAAGAAAUUCCUCGACAUCUUUGAGUGCGCCCGCGUCGACCCGGCUACGCCUAUCGAGACUACGGUGGGUGCUAUUGCCGAGUAUGUCAAGGUGGGUAAGGUGGGCGGCGUUGGCUUGAGCGAGGUUAGCGCCGAAACCAUUAGGAGAGCGGCGAAGGUGACCAAAAUUGCUGCGGUGGAGGUCGAGUUCUCGCUCUGGGCGACGGACAUCCUGGAGAAUGGGAUUGCGGAGGCUUGUGCUGAGUUGAAUAUACCUAUCGUGGCGUACUCGCCACUAGGAAGAGGUUUCUUGACCGGCCAGAUCAAGUCGCCGGACGACAUUCCGGAUGACGAUUUCCGCAAGCACAUGCCGCGGUUCCAGCCGGAUGUGUUCGAUCAGAACAUGGAGCUGGUUAGACAAGUCGAGCAGCUAGCUUCGAAGAAGAAGUGCACGAGCGGUCAGGUAGCCCUGGCAUGGAUCAAGGCUCAAAGCGGCAAGGACGGCAACCCAGUCCUUAUACCUAUCCCAGGUGCGACGACAGAGGAGCGCAUUAAGGAGAACAUGAAAGAUGUCGAGCUCAACGAGGAUGAUUUGGCGGAGAUCAAAGGCAUAUUGAGCAAGGUGACGAUCACGGGCGGGAGAUACUGA